AUGCAAACAGAGGUUACUCCCCCUGAGAGCUCAAACAUCGCUAGUGCUCUACCUAACAAGGGAAAAAAAGAGCAACAGGAAGCAAUUGAACACAUUGAUGAAGUACAGAAUGAAAUAGACAGACUGAAUGAACAAGCCAGCGAGGAAAUUUUGAAAGUAGAACAGAAAUACAACAAACUCCGCCAACCAUUCUUCCAGAAGAGGUCAGAAUUGAUCGCCAAAAUCCCGAAUUUCUGGGUAACAACAUUUGUCAACCACCCACAAGUAUCUGCACUGCUGGGAGAAGAAGAUGAGGAAGCACUGCAUUAUUUGACCAGAGUUGAGGUGACAGAAUUUGAAGACAUCAAAUCAGGUUACAGAAUAGAUUUUUAUUUUGAUGAGAAUCCAUACUUUGAAAAUAAAGUUCUCUCCAAAGAGUUUCACCUCAAUGAAAGUGGAGACCCAUCUUCAAAAUCAACUGAGAUCAAAUGGAAAUCUGGGAAGGAUCUGACAAAACGCUCAAGCCAGACACAGAACAAAGCCAGUAGGAAGAGGCAGCAUGAAGAGCCAGAAAGCUUCUUUACCUGGUUCACUGACCACUCCGAUGCAGGGGCUGAUGAACUAGGAGAAGUCAUCAAGGAUGACAUCUGGCCGAAUCCGUUACAGUACUACUUGGUUCCUGAUAUGGAUGAUGAAGAAGGGGAGGGAGAGGAGGAUGACGAUGAUGAUGAAGAGGAAGAAGGAUUGGAGGAUAUUGAUGAAGAAGGAGAUGAGGAUGAGGGGGAGGAAGAUGAAGAUGAUGAUGAGGGAGAAGAAGGAGAGGAGGAUGAAGGAGAAGAUGACUAAUUGAACACUGAUGGAUUCCAAACCCCCUUUUUACCUUUUUAAUUUUUCCGCCCCGGGGGGAAAUUUGUUUUUUUUUUUUUUUUUUUUUUUUUUUUCUUGUGCUCAGUCGCCUUGUUCUCUUGAGGUCUCUUUUUCUCUCCUCUACACCAUGGUUCACAGUUUAUUUUGGGGGAAAUACCUUGAGCAGAAUACAGUGGAGAAGAAUCUACCAGUUUCUGUUUCAAGUUCAUUUUUAUCCCUUUCUGUCUCAAAACAAAAACUGUUUAUGGAAUCAACACACCAUGUUCUGUGGGAAAAAAGAAAACCUUCUGCUCCCUUCACUCUGCUGGAAGCUGAAGAGUGCUAGGCCCCUGUGUAGUAGUGCAUAGAAUCUAGCUUUUUUCCUUCUUUCUCUGUAUAUUGGGCUCAGAGAUUACACUGUGUCUCUAUGUGAAUAUGGACAGUUAGCAUUUACCAACAUGUAUCUGUCUACUUUCUCUUGUUUAAAAAAAAAAGAAAAAACUAAAAAAAAAAAAGGGGGGGGUUAUAGAAGGUCAGCUGGGGUGGGUUUCAGAUGUUUGGGUGGGUUAAGUGGGCAUUUUGACAACAUGGCGGCUUCUCCUUUGGCAUGUUUAAUUGUGAUGUUUAACAAACAUCCUUGCAGUUUAAGAUGACACUUUUAAAAUAAAAUCUUCUCCUAAUUAUGACUUUGAGCCCUGCCACUUGAUGGAGAAUCAGCAGAACCUGUAGGAUCUUAUUUGGAAUUGACAUUCUCUAUUGUAAUUUUGUUCUUGUUUAUUUAGUUGUUUUUUUUUUUUUUUUUUUUUUGUUUCACUGGAAAGAAAAGAAAGAUGCUCAGUUUUAAACGUUAAAGUGUACAAGUUGCUUUGUUACAAUAAAACUAAAUGUGUACACAAA